AUGGCGCCUGGAGAUUCGUACGAAAAGGAACAAAAACGAUUGUUAGAAUUGUUCAAUGACGUUGAAACUCCGGAAUCUAAUGAAGAUCCAUAUGCUGAUGAUGGGGAAUCCUUGAGCGACGAUCCGUUGAGUUCUAACGAUGCUGCUGGACGCCUCCCACGAAAACACGCUAGUAAUUUAUCUGGUGAGUCUUCUUCGCCUUGUGAUUCGGAUGAUAGUGAUAAAACAUUUUGCCCUUCCGAGGACGAACGACGGAAUGAGAAUAUUUCAGUUAACCAAAACCUUCAUGUUUCGGAAGCUACGUCAUCUGGCAUUUAUUUAUCGUCAAACGAUCUGCUUGUAAAUCAAGAUGAACGCCUCAAUUCACCAGAUAUUUCUGAUCAGCCUACUUGCCCAAUCAUUCAUGCUCCCAGGACAUCCGCUGAGAUACCUUUAGUAGAAGAAGGUUGGUCUGACACGGUGACUGAUAUACCCGAUUUUAAUUAUGAUAACGCUGCUUCUGCAUGGCUCUACCACGUGAAGACUAUUAACACUAUUAACAUACUCAAAAAUGAUGGGCUUGUAAUGCAAGGUCACUGGCCAGAACAAAUGCCUGCACGACCUGGAACUACAAAAAAAAAAGCAUUUUUGAAAUGUAAAUUUUGUACACAAAAAAAGAUACGAAAGGAAACGAGUUACCGUUGCAAAGGCUAUUCUGUUAAACCUCCUCUUUGUCCAUCUUGCUUUGAACCAUAUCAUGCAAGUUUACUAAAUCCUAAUGAUGAUUAA